CAUUGCCGACCGCCUCCGCCGUGGCGCUUGUUACUACUUAGCGUGCGCGCGCUAGGUGCUACUUUUCCAUUCACUUUGUUAAACCUAAUUGUUCGCCGUUUACGUUGACUGUUUCUUUCACUUUUGAUCCGAGAAUAAUAUUAUUAAAUUCAUAUCCGCGUUACGUGGCCGCCAGUCAGUUCAAUUCGGCGACAACAUGUAAUCGAAACACGCAUGCAUUUCAAUAAUGACCCGACAACGGCAAUAUGUCAGUUUUGCUAAUGUCCACAGGCGAACCGCUUGACGACGUCCGCCAGUGUUAAAGUACCGCCGACCGAUUUCAGGGGCACACUCUUCAACCGAGAGAACACAAGUGGAUUUAUAAUCGAAAAUUUAACAAUUCACGGUAAAGGAUGGCGUCCAGUGAGACUGGUUCAACUGCAUCCGACUCUGUGAUAGAUGUCAUCACGCAAAGAGUUACACAAUCGCCUACGACUCCAAUAUUUUUACAGACAACAGCUUGUCAAGUGAUUGCUGGACUUUUUGUGUGGACAGCAGUGUUUGUGACGUGUCAACAGAUUUAUUAUCACCUCCGCUGGAACACGAAUCCGGCAGAACAAAGAUGGAUCAUACGUAUACUUUUCAUCGUGCCGAUUUAUGCAUUACAUUCUUGGGUGAGUUUGUUGUUUUUCAACAACGAACACUACUACGUGUACUUCUUCACUAUUCGAGAUUGUUACGAAGCUUUCGUCAUAUACAACUUCAUGAGUUUGUGCUACGAGUAUUUGGGCGGCGAAGGGAAUAUAAUGAGCGAAAUUCGUGGCAAACCCAUUCUAUCGAGUUGGCAAUACGGAACUUGUUGUCUGACCGGACGUACGUACACUAUCGGGUUUUUGCGUUUUUGUAAACAAGCCACCUUACAGUUCUGUUUGGUCAAACCGACAAUGGCUUUUGUCAUUAUAUUCUUACAGUAUUUCGGAUAUUACCACGACGGAGAUUGGAGUAUGAACGGAGGAUACUUGUACGUCACCUGUAUUUAUAACCUUUCGGUCAGUCUGGCUCUUUACGGUCUGUUUUUGUUCUAUUUUGCCACACGCGACUUGUUGACGCCGUACGAACCGGUGCUUAAAUUUUGUACCAUUAAGAGCGUUAUUUUCCUGUCGUUCUGGCAAGGAGUUUUGCUGGCCGUGUUGGAAAAAGCCAAAUUUAUCGAUCCUCUCAUCGACUCCAACGGCCAGCCCACCAGCGCCGGUACCGUGUCGGCCGGUUAUCAAAACUUUUUGAUUUGCAUUGAAAUGCUAUUCGCCGCGCUGGCCUUACGAGCGGCUUUCCCGUACGAAAUCUACGCCAACAACGCUCAGACCGCCGGUACAGGACAUUCGUCCAGUUCGCGUACGGUGACCAUGCAGAGUAUUUCUAGCAGCUUAAAGGAGACCAUGAACCCCAAAGACAUUAUGACGGACGCCAUACACAACUUCCAUCCACAGUACCAACAAUACACUCAAUACAGUUCAGACGUUGGUUCCUCUCGACCGUAUGAGAAACUAUAAGCAUGGACAAAGUUUUAUAGUUGUAAUUUGCCGCUCUCUUAAUUUUUUAGAUAUUAGAAAAUCCAUAUUAUGUAUUUAUAUUGAAAUAUUAUUUAUACGUAUAAUUUAUUAGAAAUAAUUUAGUUAUUAUUUGUUUCUCGUUUACUUGUAGUAUUAUAUAUUUUUUAUUGAGUUUUAUUCAUUUUUCAUCAUCGGGUAGCUGCAAUGUGAUUAUUUUAUUAAGAGUACAUUGUGUUUGUAUUUAAUUUAUUUUUUAUUAAUAUGUUUGUUACUCGAGUACUUGACUUUUUAUCUAACUAAAAUUGUUUUCCUCAAGUGUUUCUUCGUAAUAUAUAUAUAUAUAUAUAUAUAUAUAUAUAUAUAUAUAUAUAUAUAUAUUUUUUAUCUCGACACUGCGAGUAUACAUUUAAAACUAGUCGCACGCGUUGAGAGAAAAAUAUCAAAUUUUCUCUUUUUAAUUAAUUUCUUGCUAGUCAAUACUUUUUUCCAUCAUUGUGUUACUUAAUAUUAUUUCGUCUAGUAAUUUGCACCACUAUAAACGUUUUUAAAAAUUGUAUUUAAGAGCAUCUGUUAUUUGUUUAAGACAUUUAUAAGUCUGUGAUCUGUGUUUUGUUUUAUAUAAACAAACAAACUAAUUGUCUAAAACGUGCACGUGUACCAAUUCCAAGUAUUUUUACUUAUAUAAAUUGUAAUCUAAUAAUUUUACUAGUUAUUAAGUACGUAUAAUUACUUACUUACUUAAAACUUCACUUAAUAUUACUAAACACGAUCCAAGUGUUGUUUGGGGACCGAUCCUCGCAAUUUAUAUGUUAGACGUACUUUAUAAGAAAUUUUUUUUAACAAUUAUAAAAUAAUUUUUGUAUUAGACUUAAACUUAGUAUAGCUACAACAGUUGUUUUGAGCAGUUUUUUUUUUUAAUUAGUUAUUUCAAAAUGUAUUUUAAACUAUUUUGUAUUUAUUUUUUAAUAUAAAAUUGUUGUACAAAUCUGCA